AUGGCUCUUAAAUCAUUACAACUUCCACACUUAAGGCGUUUCUAUGCUCCAGCCAUACUCGCAAUAUUAAUUCUCUUCUUAUUAUUCCUCAUAAAGAGAUCUCACCCUAGUCUUGCCGGAUCUGUCUGGCAAUCACGCCUGCCACCCAAAUUUCCCUGGAGUAGGAGACCAACCCCUCCUUUGCCAACGCUUCCGGAGCUGGAAAUACUAGGACUCGACAAUACCAGCGGAAACUCUACAACACCCGACCCCGGAUCUCAGUAUUGUACCGACCGGUUCGGGCCCGCAUACCUCUCCAACCUUCGAGAUCAUUCCAUAGAAUACUGCGGGGCCUCACCCAGGGAUCAAGACAGGUCUUCUCGCCUGACAUGCUUCCACAUCGACAUACGUGGCGAAGGCGAGGAGGAUUCGUUUUGCAUUGCGCAGGGCGCAGUGCUGGACCCGGAGAAGAAAGGCUUCGUUCUCGACUGUGCCCCGCGGUCGCCAACUGAAGAGGAGACAAAACGUGGACUGAUUCCUUUCGAGCGGAUCAGGGGCUCCUGGUACGAUACAGGACCAAGAGUAGUUUUUGAUCGAUAUGUCAACUUCCUCGACAGGCCGCGCAAAAAGGUUCAGCAGAGCAAUAUCGCUGCUGGUGAAAAUCAACAGCGAUCGCCGCCGAUCAGCAUUCUGGUCAAGCGUGAGGGCUCUGGCCACCCCUGGCACUCACUCAUGGAAAUAUGGUCCUUGACACAUACAAUGGAUGUUCUGAGGCUGAGCGCAAACCCAGACGCUCUCGGGGCACCCUUCUUCCACACACCAGACGAUAUCAGGAGGGCGCGGGUCGUCAUUCUAGACGACCACGAGGAUGGUCCGUUUUUCGACCUUUGGAGAUUGACGGCAGGGCAUAAUCCCGUCCGGCUCUCGGCCGCGCUCGAAGCUUUGCAGGAUAACAACAAAACGUCAUCGUCCGACACCGCACUAAUCGCCGGGGCGGGCCAGCCGCACAACGUCGUCGUCCCGCUCCCCGGUGCUACGAACCCCGUGUGGCAGAACGACUGGGAGGAGCGCAACUGCACCGACGCGUCACUGGUCAAGUUGUUUGUACGCCGCGUGUUGCACCACCUCGGCGUGGAAUCUUUCAAACCCAAAGCUGUGACAGAGGCCAACGUGAUGCGGAAAAGGCUCCGGUUGACGUUUGUCAUCCGCCGUGGCAGCCGCAAGCUUCUGGGCCGGGAGAGACUCCUCGAGGCGGUGCGCCACGCAUACCCAGACGUCGAGGUGCGGAGCGUCGACCUCGCCACCCUGUCGUUUGUCGAGCAGGUCCGGCUCGUGCACGACGAAACCGAUAUCCUGGUCGGUACGCACGGCGCCGGUUUGACGCACGUCAUGUUCCUCCGCGCUGCGUGGGAGGGUGCCGGCCCCGGCAGUGCCAUUGUCGAGAUCCAGCCCGACACGAUGGACUACAAGGGCUUCCGUAACCUCGCGUACAUGCUUGGUCACAGGUACUUCAGCGCAAAGGCCAAAUUGAUUUCGAAGGAGGAUUCUGGGAAAGACGAAAAGAAUAGCGACAAGAUUGCUGCUGCUGCCGAUCACAAUCCAAUAGCAGCCGCUGCAAAACGUGGAGAGGCAAUGACUGAUGAGCAGGGCUCGGGCGGAAAUGAGCACAAGAGAGAGAUCGAAGCAUUACGUGAGCUAGAGGAAGAGGAUAUGUUUCUCUACAGGCGAGGGAUGCAUCUGGAGAAACGGGCCGAAUGGCACUCUGCCGACGUUAGGAUGGAAGAAAAGGAGUUUGUGGAGCUUCUUGGUUCUGCUAUUGAACACAUGAGGGACAAAGAGCAUAGAUAG